UGGAACCAGCGCAGGGUAGUGUCAAGUUCCCGUGCUCACAGUUCCUGCCGCCCAGGCGGGGCCUCUUCUUGAGAGAAGGGGCGAAGGGAGAUUCUUCCGGUCUGUAGAAACGAGCCCGCCUGGCGAUCUUCAGGGGCGGGCUCUCUGUAGAGCUGUGACCCGCGUUCGGGUCGCCGGAGAAGGGCCAGUGCAACCCACAGUGACCGGGGUGACCGAGGUCGCCACCCACGCCAACCCCGGCCUUUGCCGGCGCAGUCCCGGCUCCCUCAGGUGCAGGAAGCACCUGGGAGGAGGCCUCCUUCAGCAUAGCCAGAGAUGGCAUCAGUGGACUUCAAGACCUACGUGGAUCAGGCCUGCAGGGCUGCUGAGGAGUUUGUCAACGUCUACUACACCACCAUGGAUAAGCGGAGGCGACUACUGUCCCGCCUGUACAUGGGCACAGCCACCCUAGUGUGGAAUGGAAAUGCUGUUUCAGGACAAGAGUCCUUGAGUGAGUUUUUUGAAAUGUUGCCUUCCAGUGAGUUCCAAAUUAAUGUCGUUGACUGCCAGCCUGUACAUGAUGAAGCCACCCCAAGCCAGACCACAGUCCUCGUUGUGAUCUGUGGAACAGUAAAGUUUGAAGGCAACAAACAACGGGACUUCAACCAGAACUUCCUUCUGACUGCCCAGGCUUCACCCAGCAAUACGGUAUGGAAGAUAGCAAGUGACUGCUUCCGAUUCCAGGACUGGGCCAGCUAGUAGAACUGGAGGGAAACACAGAUCUCAAAAUGUGGGUACACAAGUUCUUUUCUGUUGUAAGCUACACUGCCCAGGCUGAACUCUGCAUUUAUUUGAGUUCAAGGAGCCCCUUUCUGAGUAUACUUACUUGUCAUAGUUGCCUUUUCAUAGUAGUAAAAUUUUCUAUUUUUCUACUUGUCCAGUAGAGACCCUGGUUCUGGAAAUU